UUGGCCUUGUUAAAGUGACAUAACAGUGCAAGUAUUGAGAUUAGUUAAAGAGGUGACAGUGCAAAACUAGAGUAAAAUAUCUAAACAUAUAACAAACACAGAGAUAGCGUCCUUGAAGAUUUUAACAGCCCUGCUUUGCAGCAUCUGGUGUAAAUGUCCUGCAACUGCCUUGACUAUUCUCUGCAGGGCUUUUCUGUCCUGAGCCUAUUGUCAAACCAGGUUUUGAUGCUCAUGGUCAGGAUGCUUUUACUUGCGGCUCUGUAGGUUUUUAAGAACCUCUGAGGAGACCCUAAACCUCCUCAGCUGCCUCAAGUGCUGGAGCUGCUGUCUUACUUCCCUAACCUGAGCUGCCUGUAUAUGGGUGGUCCAGGUGAGGGUAUUCUCUAGCUGCACACUGAAGGAUCUGAUGUUCCUCAACCUCUUCACUGGAGCACCAUGGAUGAAGAGAGUGUAGAAAGAGUGCUGCUGUUUCCUGCUGAAGUCCACCGCCAGCUGCUUGGUUUUGCUGACAUUUAGCUGGAGUUGUUUAUCCUGGAACCAACUCUCCAGGGUCUCCAACAGUAACAAUGAAUCAUAACAUGGCGAACAGCAAUCAGCCUUCACAAGGAACUCCAGCUUGCUCCUGUCUGCUGAGAGCUGUUGGGCUUUUAACAGGAGAUAUGCAACAGUGUGCAGAGUGGGUGAAAAGGCAGAUUGUUGUGAUCCAGCUGCUGGACUGCAUUUUACGGGGAAUAGCCCAGGUCAUGUUCGUCAACAACCCUCUCAGUGGGCUCCUCAUUGUGGUUGGCCUUUUCCUGCAGAACCCUUGGUGGGGUCUGAACGGUCUGUUGGGUACUGUGGGUUCCACUGUGUCGGCCAUCUUGCUGAGGCAAAACAGGGAGGCUGUUUUAGCAGGAUUACAUGGCUAUAAUGGAACCCUGGUUGGCAUGCUGAUGGCAAUAUUCUCUGCUAAAGGAGACUGGUAUUGGUGGCUCUUGGUGCCAAAUGUCUUCAUGUCCAUGAUGUGCCCGAUAGUCUCCAGUGCUUUGUCCUCAGUUGCCAACAAAUGGGACCUUCCCAUAUUAACACUGCCCUUCAAUAUCUUGGUAUGUUUGCACAUUGCAGCUACAGGAGCCAGUCAUCCAUACUUUCCACAGGUGAAUAUCCAGCCAAAAACAAACCUCCAUCUGAAUUACUCCACUGAAAACUUUGAUAUUCCUCAGCUAUUCUUAUCUGUGCCAGUUGGUGUUGGCCAAGUGUUCGGGUGUGAUGAUCCUUGGACAGCAGGUCUCAUCCUUCUGGCCGUGCUGCUCUGCUCUCCAACUAUCUGUUUCCAUGCCAUGUUGGGCUCUGCUGCUGGCAUGUCUGUCGGUGUUGCUUUGGCAGCUCCUCCAAGGGAUAUUUACUCAGGGCUGUGGGGAUAUAACAGUGUGUUAUCCUGCAUAGCCAUUGGAGGGGUUUUCUAUGCUUUAACAUGGCAAACCCAUACACUGGCUCUGAUAUGUGCUAUUUUCUCUGCAUACAUGUUUUCAGCAACCUCCAAACUAAUGUCUAUGCUUGGAUUACCAGCCUUCACGUGGCCUUUCUGCUUGUCGGCUCUCAUCUUCCUCCUCCUCACCUCUGAGAACCCAAACAUCUGCAGGCUGCCUCUGUCUGCAGUCUCCUACCCUGAAAAAAAUCGAUGCUACCUAAGACAAUUAAAGACUUUAGAAAAAGCUGGGAGCAGUCACCAAGAAGAGGCCCCGCUGGAGAAUGAUAGACCAAAUGUCCAACUUGAAGUGGAGAAUGAAUCUUUGUGAGCCUUUCUGUCUUUCAUAACAUUCCCUUCUCCAAGAGUAUAAAUAUUUUAUAUUAAUCUUCAGUUUUUUGCUUAUAUAACCAGAUUAGUUAUAUAAAAAUGCCUGUUUUGGUAAUGGUAGGUUUUCUACACAAGUAUUUUCUUCUGCAGUAUCUCUACUUCUCUGCAGAGGGCAGCACAUUUCAAGAAAAAAAAUACUGCAAAACUACAGUGCAUCUGAAUCUUGAUUAGGAGAAAUACUUAAAAGAUGUGGUAAUAUAAACACGUUUAAGCUAAAACAAGUUUUGCUAUUUUUUUUCCUUUAAUAAAUAAAACAGUAUAUUUUAUCUACAACUGCUGCAGAGCAAAUAUCCUAGAAAAGAACCAUAAAUACAUUUAAUGAUUCAUCACAGCAGACAGUGAGCUGUAGGGGAGAUUUUAUAAAGUGCUUCCCCAGCAAAAACUCCUUCUUCACUGCCAAGAAUAAUCCAUCACUGCCUUCUGGACUCCAAUCUGCCCCAUUGUUUUCUCUUAUCCUUUCUCUCGUGCUUCUCUCAAUUAAUCCAGUUUUAUGAACUUUCAUUGCAUAUCUAUGUUUUCUACUUUUCUUUGUCCCCAUCAAAAUUCCCUCUUCAAGUAUUAUCUCCUUUUUUUUUGUCUUCAUCUCAUCUUCUGAACAUAAUGUCUCUCCAUUUUUCUGUAAACAAUAAGAUAUUGAUCUCCAUGAAACAAAGAUGUCAACCAAGGACACGUCCACAGCUCUGUCUGGUUGUGUGUCUGCAUUUAUAUUUACAAGUGUAGCUUGAUGUGUCUGUUCCUAUUUGCCUGGCUGUCUGUGUACCCAGUACAUUGAGGCACAUGGCUUAAGUCUAGCCAGUGUGAAACAUAGGAGUUAGUCACAUUCAAAGACAUGUGUGGGUGCUGCAGUACAUUAGGGGGAGAAGGUGCGAGACGAGAGAGGGAAGCCAAAUUGAGGCUGAGAACAUCUCGUUUCUUUGCUUGGUGGUAAAUUAUGAAUUGUUAUUGUAUGUAUUCGCACACAGUAUGUUGCUUCUUUCUGCUCUUAUCUGAGCCUGACACAGAUACAUAUUUAAUAGUCUUAUGCUUAAACACUAAAGACAUUACAGAGAAAGCUUUUCCCCCAAAAAUCUCUGUAUGAUCAUUUCCUUUGCUCCUCUUCAGCCUGUAGGCAAAAGUGACCUCAGUUAGUGGAUUUUUUGUGGCCUUUUACACAAUGCCGAUUCAUCUACUGCCCUUUGAAGGGCAGGAUAAGUGUUGGCAGUGGGAUUCUGCGAGAUGAGGUUGAUGUCACCUCCCCUGUGCCAGUGCUGUGUGCUCUCAGCAGUGUGAAUCACUUUUCUGAGUCCCCUGCAGCCACCACUCACUGCUCUCAUAGAACAUAACCAUGAGGAACAAGUCAGACCUGUGAGGGAUGAAACUUCACCACACCAUCACCUACAAGCAGCUAUACUGUCUCUGUACUGAGUGUAUACUUCACUGCCUGUCAGUUAAGAAUAGCAUAUCUGAUUUAACAUUGUAUGGCCAAUGUCAGUCUUCUGCAGGUAAAGUUGGAAGCAGCUCAGUCUUAGUUUCAGCAAGUAAAUUGCAGCUCAGGUGAGUUAAGAUCAAGUGAUACAUUCACUGAUGACAGAAUAUUCCACUUCUUUACCUUAAAAAAAGACCCCAGAGAUGCCUCCAUGGUGUAUUUUAAGACAUAUCUAAUUCCCAGGUUCUCAACCUGUUUUCUUUGAGGAUCCUCUUCAUGCAAAUAGUAAAAACCAUAGACCCCCUGCCCCAUCCCAUGCUGAAACCAUGCUUGGUUUUAUGCUUUCAAAGCCAUAAGUACUGUAUUCUGGCUGAGUCCUGUCCUUUCAUAAAGCCAGAGUUGAUUUAACAACA